AUGUCAACCAUACUGAACAUCUACAAGAUUCCACAGGCACAGCCUCUUUCUGUGUGUAAUGGAAACUGCUAUCCGGGUUUCCAAAGGACAAAGAAGGAAGGGAAGCCAUUCUGUUGCUAUGGUUGUCUUCCAUGCCCCAAAGGAAAGAUUUCAAAUCAGACAGACAUGGAUGACUGUUUUCAUUGCCCAUCAGACCAAUAUGCAAACAAUGCCCAAGAUGCAUGCAUUCUGAAAAAGUUAAGCUUCUUGUCUUAUGAGGAACCUUUGGGAAUCAGUUUGGCUAUAUUUGCUCUAUUAUUUUCUUUCAUCACAGUUCUAGUGCUAGGAACUUUUGUGAAGCACCGCAACACACCUAUCGUCAAAGCCAACAAUGAGAGCCUCUCCUACGUUCUUCUAGUUUCCCUCCUCCUCAGUUUCCUUUGUGUAUUUCUGUUCAUCGGCCAACCUGGGAAACUGACAUGUUUGCUUCAACAAACUGCUUUUGGCAUCAUAUUCUCUGUAUGUGUUUCCUGUGUCUUGGCUAAAACCAUCUUGGUUGUUCUAGCUUUCAAGGCUAACAAGCCUGGGUCCAAAAUGAAGAAAUGGGUAGGGAAGAGACUGGCUGCCUCCAUUGUUAUUUUCUGCUCCUUGAUUCAAGCCACCAUUUGUGCUGCAUGGUUGGCAAGUUCUCCUCCAUUCCUAGAUCUGGACAUGUAUUCAGUAACUGAAAACAUCAUUGUGGAAUGUAAUCAAGGGUCAUUCACCAUGUUUUAUUGCGUCCUGAGUUAUAUGGGUUUUUUGGCCAUUAUCUGUUUCACUUCAGCGUUCUUUGCCAGGAAGUUACCUGAUAGCUUUAAUGAAGCCAAGUUUAUCACCUUCAGCAUGUUGGUCUUCUGCGCUGUGUGGAUUUCCUUUGUUCCAGCCUACCUUUCCAGCAAAUGCAAACAUAUGGUGGCUGUGGAGAUCUUCUCCAUCUUGGCUUCCAGUGGUGGAUUACUUGGAUUCAUAUUUUUCCCCAAGUGCUAUAUCAUUGUCAUGAGGCCUGAUAUGAACAUAAAGAAACAACUAAUAAAAAGAAAACAUUAA